CAGCGUUCUCCUUCCUCCCGUUGUGUCAGACGAACCCAGAGUCCGAGGCAGGGGCUGAGAGGGUGCCAUGGCAUCGGUAAACGUGGACACCAAGGCCGCAUUCUUUAGACCGUUUGCUGACUCGGAGACACUGGGACAUGAGGGACCCGCUGGAGAUGGAGACCUCCUUCCUACCUGCCCCUCGCUACCGUUCGUGGCCGAGGCUGAGACGCCCAAAGCCAAGGGGACAGCGUACUGGAAGAACGAGUCAGAGGACAGGUGCUACCAGGAGCCUGCAGAGAAUCCCGUUGAGGGGGACAUCACCGACCCGGUCACGGGGGAAGAGGUCCUGCAUGAAAAGCCAGGCCAGGAGCAGAAACCAGCAAUGUCCUACAUCGCUCUGAUCGCCAAGGCCAUUCUAACCUCUCCCAGCAAGAGGCUGAAUCUUGGCUCCAUUUACAAAUACAUUGAAGAGACGUUUCCUUAUUACAAAGGUCGUGGCCAGGGCUGGAGAAACAGCGUUCGCCACAACCUCUCUCUCAAUGAGUGUUUUAUUAAAGCCGGGAGGUGCGAGGACGGGAAAGGCAACUACUGGAGCAUUCAUCCCUCCAACCUGGAUGAUUUCUCCAAAGGAGACUUCAGGCAGCGGCGGAGGUGCCGGAGGAGGGGUCGAAGUAAGGAGCUGGAAACCAAAUUGGCCGGGCCUUUCCCGAGCUGCCCAUUCCCGGUGGAGCCCCUAGCCCUGAGCUCGCUGUACUCGCCGUACACUGAGCAGGAGCGCAGGGCGUACCGACUGGACGAGGUGCUCUACAGACAGUACAUCACCAACCCCUUCUGGCGGUGGUAUCACGGCUGCAGGAACCCGGGGGCUGAGAGUGAUACCGGCCUGGUGUUGCCAACUGCCCCGGGCCCGGGGCCACAGUGGCAGCAGAGUUUAAUGGAGAGCGCCUCCGCUCCAAACUUCUUCAAAGCUGCCGACAACUGACAAUAUAUGGGCUUUCAGACCUUAACCACCAAGUGUAUCGUUUCUAGCGUCGCUCUUUGUCUUGUAUAAAUAGGUGUACAUUUGUGUAGUCAUGCCAUUGAAUUAAUGCAAUAAAUGCUCUGAAAAUCGUGUCGAAUGUCAAAUGCUUUGUAGCAAAUUAACUCAGCAUCGACUUCGGUAAUCGAGUCAAAAUUGUACAAAUAGAAUAAGAUAGAAUUGAUAAAUAAUCGUUUUUUACUCUCUCGCAAAUUUACGCAAAUUGCUCUCCAAAUAAUUCCCAAGAAUCAGACACUGUCCACAUUCACCCUUCUCCGAGUGUUGCUGAACUUAUUCAGUAAGUGCUGGCUGUUCCAUUUUCUGUGUAUCUAUUGUUUAAUUGGAUGUGGAUUGUUUACUGGUAAAUGCAUGGCCCUUCUCUUUCAUAGGAAUUACCCUUGUAUGUUAAAGGUUCCUUUACAAUGCAAUUAAAAAUGUUUUGGAUUGCGCGUAAUCUCAUUUGUUGAUUUUUCAUUGCACACCACAUCAUGCCUGGCUGCCUUCAUUAUAAAAGCACGCCGCCGCUUUUAGGAAUUUCGCACACUGUAGGAUUGUGACAGUGUCUGAAGAAGGGUCUCGACCCGAAACGUUACCCAUUCCUUCUCUCCAGAGGUGCUGCCUGUCCCGCUGAGUUGAGUAACUCGAGCAUUCUGUGUCUGUCUUAGAUCGAAGUUAAGUCGGGAACACACCACUGGCUUAUUCGCCGAGACUGCUGUAACUACAUCAUCAUAUUACCAUCUCAAGAUACAUAUAAAACAUUGCUUUUAUGAAUCUACAGCAAAUGACCACAGGAAAAUGUUAACUAAAGUUAUUCUCGCUGAAAAAGUUUCCCAAAGCAAGAAAAAAGUAAAUUAUCUGAGAUACAUUCCCGAGGACUGUACGCAACGUUUCGUGGCUGUAACCACGCGGUUAAUGCCCUUACAUCGAGCGAGGAGUUAGCGAUGAUUAUCAGUCUGAAGAAGGGGUCUCGACCCGAAACAUCCCCUUCCCAUUCCCCUCCACAGGUGCUGUCUGACCCGCUGAGUUAGUCCAGCAAAAAAAGACACAAAAUUCUCAGCGGGUCAAGGCAGCAACUCCAGAGAACACGGACAGGUAACGUUUCGGGUGUGGACCUUCUUCAGACUGAUGCUUCAGACUGAUUUCCUCCAGCACUUUGUUUAAACCCCCCGCCCCAAGAUUCCAGCAUCUGCAUUCUCUCGUUUCGCCGAGUUGACGAUCAAGUCUCGCUGUAUUUUUGUUUAUAAGGCAUUUCAAAACGAGUAGCGUAACAAUAAGACUGCAGUUGCUGGUUUAAACCGAGAAUAGACACAGUCU